CCAUUCAUCCACAGAAUGGCGGCAAAGAUAAACCAAAACACUAUUUUGUGUUUAUUUAUUUUACUGACUGCCGCAGUGAUUGUCAUAAACUCAGCAAGACUGAGUGACCCUAAGAUUCUACUGCCAUACCAUAGCUCUGUCAUCACAAAUUUCACUUUGAAAAUCAAUUUAUCGAGAGAAGAAGCUAGACUUCCAGACAGUUGUUACACAUGGCAGUCCACUCAGCAGGAAGUGGCCACGAUUCAACUGGUUAACAGUACAGAUGGAGAGUGCGCAUUCUCAGCCGUCAUUUCUGCAGUGUCUAAGUCUCCCUACAGGAAAACCUCCAUGGUGCUCGCUGAAAAUAAAGUAACUGGAGAAGUACUUCGUUGCAUUGUGAUUGUGGAGGCGAUAUCGCGAUUUGAGAUCGAGACCACCACACGAUUAUUGUAUCUAGAAGACUCGCCAGAGGAGCUCAUAAUUAAAGGAUAUGAUGAAGAAGGAAAUGUGUUUUCUAGUUUGGCUGGAUUGGAGUUUGAGUGGAGUUUACUCCCCGACACAAGUACCCAGCGAGAGGAGAUGGUGGAAAUCCUCAGAAUCACCAAGUUCACUGAGUCUCACUAUGUGAUGCCUAAUCACAUACAGCAGCUGGAGGCCAAGGGUCUACAGGGAGAUCUGAUCCUGGUGGAGGGGAUGAGGACCGGGAGCGCACUCGUUAAAGCUCGCAUCAGGGACGGGGCAUACAAGGACGUAAAAUCACCAGUUGUGAAGUUAGUAGUGGUGGCCAACUUAAUCAUCAGUCCUGCAGAGGCUUACAUCUUAAAACACGCCACGAUAAAAUAUGCAGUAAAGCUGAUCAAACAGAGCUCAAUGAUAGAAAUCUCGCUGCCUUCCUCCCAGUUCUUCCUGGAGGUACAGGAUGACGGUGUUUGUAACUUAGACGCGAAAACCUCCAUAGCAACAGGACAGGAAAUCGGCUCCACGGAGAUCGUGCUGACAGACAGAAAUCUUAAGCAGGAUGCCCUUGUUAAACCAAGUGCCAUGUUGUACGUUGUGGCCCCUAGCUACCUCGGGUUUGUGGUGCUGCCGGACAAGAAGUGGGUCCUGGAGACUGAGAAAGAGUACACCAUUGUCAUUGAGCUGUAUGAUAAAAACAGCCACAAAAUCUACCCUUCUGAUAAUGUUAUACUGAGGGCCUUGUUUCCUAAAGAAUACUUUGAUGUGAGAUUCUCCACUAAGAACGGGACUUAUCACCACGUGUACACACUGAAGCCAGGGAAAACCAGCGUUGAAGGAGUCUUGAAAGCCAUUGUACAAGAGGAUGGUACAGAGAUAGAAGUUAACCCGGCUGUAAAAGGCUCCCGUUCGGUGGAGAUUUUUGACCCAAUUCGAGUGAGACCUGAGACCCUCUACUUUCCCUGGGACCCCCACUCACCCACAAGUCACCAGUACAGAUUACAGGUAAAGGGAGGAAGUGGGGAGUAUGUGUGGAGCUCUUCUAACGUGGAGACCACCACCGUCAGCGUCAGAGGGGAGAUAACAACCGGAAAACGAGGAGAGGCCACCAUCACAGCCGCUGACGCCAAGAACAGGGUUCACACAGGGACAGCCAAGGUGUAUGUUUUGCCCCCAGAAGACAUGAAGUUUGUCCCGAAGCAUGUGGAGGCCAAGGUGGGGUCAGAGCUAGAUAUGCCCCUCUCUGUGUUCGGGCGCCACCAAGGAAAACUUUUUCCUUUCAAUGAUUGUCGCAGAAUGAAGGUCAACAUUUCAUUCUCUGAUCCAACCGCCUUUCAGCUGAACAGAGUUUCACUUUCACUCCCUGAGGAGGGGUGUUGUUCGUUACGACUGAAGGCCGUACAGAGAGGUCACACGAUCGUCGUCGCCAGUUACACCUCUCGCGGAAUCGAGCUCUCCGCCUCGGUAACCAUAGCAGCUUAUGAUCCACUCAUGCCUGUGGACCCCGAGAAGUUGGCGGUGAUAGCUGUAGGAUCAAGGAAGGAGCUGGUCUUUAAAGGCGGUCCCCAGCCAUGGGUCAUAGACUCACUCAAGUACUUCCAGGAUUUGACCAGUACCAACUCAGCUGUCACCAAGGUUCAGAAAGUGAAAAUCCUAGGAAACAACCGUGGUUUCCAUAAUUUUUAUGUGACGUGUGUUGACUUUGGGGAGCAGGUCAUGACCCUGAGGGUGGGUAACAAUAAAACGACGACCAAUCAGUAUCCAGCCAUCGCCGAGGCCUCAAUCAGGUUGAGUUGUUCUGAACCUGUGGGAUUACAGCUCCACCCUGAUCUGAAAUAUCCAGAGAAUCUCCCUCCCUGUCCUGUAACAAGGGAGCAAGGCAUAGCAAUCCCGGUCCACUGUCAGAGAGAUCUAGACAUCCUGGUCACGGUCACCGAUUCCCUCGGGAGGAAGUUUGACAAUUUCUCCUCCCUGGACUUUCAGUGGUCAGUUUCUGACCAGUCCCUGGCCACACUGGACAAUUCUGCGGACAGCUCCAUACAGAUCUCCACCAUGUCCAGCAAGGAAGGAUUUAACUACGUCAAGUAUUACCGAGGCCUGCUACCUCGAGGUCGACCUGGGUUUGUCGUCAUCACGGCCUCCAUCAACUCCUACCUGGAGAGACAUCUGAGAAUGGCUGGAUCUCCCAUAUCAACCAGAAUCCAUCCCAAGAUAAGCCGAUCCCUGGAGCUAAAGCUUGUGGAGGAAGUCAUUGUUAAACCAGACAUCAUCUCCCUGUUCAAUCACCCCUCUAACACUUACACUGUGGACAUUCAGAAAGGUUCAGGAUUUUUCCAUGUGAUCCCUGAUCAAGCAGGGGUUGUUAAUCUGGACUAUACUGAUAAAACCAAACAAAUGCAGGUGGUUCCCGUGGCUGACGGCUCUAUGAAGGUCACGGUGUAUGACCUCUGUGUUUACGUACGACACCCGCCCACAGCCACCAUAUUUGUGUCGGGAGUAGGAAGUGUGGAACUCUCUGUCACAGAAAAGGUUGAAGUUGAUAAAGAAGCCAGGGUCAAGGUCAGGGUCAUGGAUGCCCACGGUAAACCCCUGCAGGCCAGCUUCUUCAGAUUAAUGGGGCUCAAAUUGAUUCCCACUUCUAAUAUCAUCACCAUCAGAAAAGACAAGGAUCAGAGAGAUGAACUCUUCACCGAGUAUUACAUCAUGCAUGGAGCACAAGUUGGUCACACUUCACUGGUCGCGGAGGCUCAUCCCAGUCACGGUGUGGUGAUUAGGAGUCUCGCCAGACCAGUAGAGGUUUUUCCACCACUUCAGCUAAUUCCCAGAAACAUCACAAUGAUUAUUGGAGCCAAGUUUCAGGUACUCAGCAAAGGAGGCCCCACUCCCCAGUGUACAGUGCUGUUCUCUAUCAAGGACAGUCGUAUCGCGGACGUGUCCAGCAGUGGUCUACUAGACGCCCAGAAUCUGGGGACCACGAGGGUAUUAGGUCAGGCGGUGGGUCAGGACCCAGAGACAGGGGAGACUAUUAUAUACUCUCAGGAUGAAGUAACAGUUAAUGUGGUAGAAUUGUCGGGGAUCAGGAUUCACUCCGCGUUAUCAAGGAUGCAGACAGGCACCAAGAUGCCGCUGUAUGCCAUUGGUCUGUCCGAGCACGAGACCCCGUUCUCUUUCGGGUCGGCCAUGCCUCCUCUGGUGUUCACCUGGACCAUUAAUAACAAGGACGUCAUACAGCUACAGAAUGUCUUCCACAAGACAGGUCUGAAGUCCCCAGCAGAGAGUGACUUUGCUCGUCAACUGGUGGCCAUCUCAGCUGGACAGGUCACCGUCAAACUGACUGUUAGACCCCAUCUGACCUCCAGGUCACAGAUGAAAGGUCACAAAACACUGACCGAUGAACUGCAGGUGGAGGUUUUCGAAAAAUUAGCAGUUAUCAGCCCAAAGGUCUGUGAUGGAAGAAUUCUGUUGACCCCAAACACAGAAGCUGUCAUCAAAACUAACAGGGAUGGCUCUGCUAAGAUGAGUUAUCAAGUGAUCUCCCUGGAGGACCCCAGCCCAGUGACUGUGGGGGAGGGAGGGUUACUGUCCAGCGGUCCCCUCACCGGUCAGGUGGCGCUACACGUCACAUCGCAGGAGGAGUUUGGGACCAAUCAGACCCUGGUACUACUGGUCAGGGUAAAACCUGUCUCUUACUUGAUGAUAAACUCCGAUUUGUCCUUGAGCACAUCUGAAGGUUACAUUAAGAGCAUUCCUGUGGGGACGACCUUGACCCUAGCCAUAACUUACCAUGACAAUGUGGGAGAACAGUUUUAUGCCACCAACGUCCAGAUGAGAUACCGCUGUAGCAGAUAUGACUUUGUCCACAUUAAACAUGGACCAGAGAACGACACAUUGGUUGUCAGGGCAGCAGAAGUCGGACAGACCAUACUCAAGGUGUGGGAUCAGAGAAAUCCCUGGCUAGCGGAUUAUAUCAACAUUCCAGUGGAUUAUGUCAUCACACCGUCCAAGGUCACGAUGACCCUGGGGACAGUCGUCUGUUUCAAAGCUCCCCUCGUCUCUACCAGGGGUCAUUCUGGCGUCUGGCAGAGUAGAAAUAAGGUGAUUGAUGUAGACAAGAAUUCUGGGAUUGGAACCGCAGAUACUAUAGGGCUCCACCUGGUGGAGUACACAUUGACACAGGACGUCACCACCUACACAGAGGUGACUGUGACUCCUAUUGAUCAGCUGACCGUUGAUGACUCCUGGUCAUUUCUCACCAAUGUCAAGAAUCGCCUGACAGAGUACUUCAUCCAAGUGACCUCGAACUCCAACUCAGAGGUCAUAGGGGAGAAUUGUACUGUUGAGAUUCAGGCGAGGGGUUUCCAGCCGAGUUUUGUCCCUAUCAGCUGUGGACUGGAGUUCUCCUCCAAUGUCAAUGGUCUGGCUGUGGAAAAUCUUUUCCAAGUGUCAGCUACAUUCAGCUCCAAGAAAGGAAAGUAUGGAUGCCUGUUGAAAAAGUUGCACCCUGAGACAUUAGUUCAACAGAUUAGUACCAUGUCUAUAGAGCUACAGUUAUUUGUGCUGGUCCCCAGUAUAGAGAACCAACCCGAAGUGAGGGCACCAGUCAAGAAGUACCAGUAUCUGCCUCCGUUUUACGUCCACAACUCGGACGUUUCCUUGUCAACAGCAGCUCCUCUCUCAUCCAUCAGAGUAUCCACCAUUCCUGAUCUGUCCUCGUGUAUACAGGCUGCAGUAAGUGAUGAGAGCAUUCUAGAGGUCAUGACUCCAGAGAAAGACAGCCAAUCAGGAAUUAUUUUGAUAUUUCCCAUAAGGCUUAUAGAGUCUGCUGCAUUAUGGGAGAGAGAGAAUACUGAGAGUCAUGUGGAACUAUCCUGCAGAAAGACAGGUCAAAAGGUCAGACUCCCAGUAUCGGUCAGGCUGAUUGGACAACGGCCAGAACAGUUUGGUUACAGAGGUCGUUCUGUGGGUUGGGGAGCUUUCUUCCUGAACAGCAUCAACAACAAUCAAUCUUUCUUCUCCUACCUCUUCCUCAUCAUAGCUACAGCUGUAGCAGUUCUAGUCGGAUACCACUACAUAAUUGGACCCCGUUACAAGGCGGCCACCAGCAGUAACCCAGCCUUCCUCAGACCCGGCGCCGCUGGAGCUGCCUCCCCUGCCCCACCUGUCUACCCCCAACCACAAUACUCACCCAGUCACUCCCCACCCCCAUACACAAGCUACGCCUCACCACUGACUGGUGCCAAGUCCCCAAUCCUGUGGUCCACGGAGUACCACCCUCAGGACGGGAGCAGUCCCCGCCGGCGGUCCCCCUACAGUAGAUCUCCCGGGGUCUCCCCAUCCUUCAGCUCCAGACAAAGUCCACUAUAACCAUUCCGUUAGUAGCCCAACAAAUUUUUAGCUCUUCUUGAUAAAUCUUCAUCAUCAUCCCCACUGAAGCCAAAAUAUUCCUUUUCUUGUGCAUCUAGACUUGAAUGUUUGAUGAUAAAUGCUUACAUUGACAAAAAUUAUUGAGUGAUUGGUGAUAUAAGAAUUUUUCUGAAAAGGAUUUCAUGCUUGUUAAAUAUUAUUUCAUUAAGUCUCAUUGUCUCUCAAGAGAGUGAGGAGAAAUGAUUGUAGAAUUUUGUACCGUUUUGCAUAAUAAUCAAUUAACAGCUGGCCUGAAUGGCUGAGGACUAGAUGUGAGGGGUGACAGAUUCUGUUUUGUAUGAUGAGAGUUUUGUGUGAUAGUGAGGAAUGCCAGUGAUUGUGUGUUGUCAGUGAUUUAUAACAUUUCUUGUCGUAUGUUUAUCUGUAUAUCUAGUUAUUUGCAAUGUGUUCAUAGCAUUACACAUGUAUAUAAUUUCUGUGUACAAGGUUAUUUUUGUCUCAUGUUAUUUUUCCCUCUCACACUUGCAAACAGAUUUGUUCAGUUUUAAAUUUGCCAAGUCAAACUUAAAAGAAAUAAUACUUAGUGUGAAUUUCUUCCGCUUUAAAUUUGCCCACCUGUGAGUAGGGCAAAACAAGGGCAAAAAUUUCCCUGUUGUCUUAAUGACGUUGGAUCCUGAUAUUUAAUGUCUUAAACUUUUUUUCUCAAGUAUAUUUUUAUUAGGGCCCCGCAAGGAUUUGCGGGUGCCCUAUAGUAAUCACUCUGUCCGUCCGUCCGUCUGUCUGUCUGUCUGUCUGUCUGUCUGUCUGUCUGUCUGUCUGUCUGUCUGUCCGUCUGUCACUCUUCCGUCCACAAAUUUUCUGUUUUUUUCUAAUAACUUUUUUUAUGGUUGCCCAAUCAAGAUCAAAUUUGGUAUGGUAGUUCAGUAGGCAGAAAUACAUAUUUUGAUGCUAAGUUUGGUUCUCUAUGUCUUCUGGUUUGGAGCUGGGGUGGUUGGGUAGAUUCCUUAACUAUGCAUAAGAAUGAAUGGGCAACUUUUUUUAUGGUUGCCCUAUCAAGUACAAAUUUGAUAUGAUAGUUCAGUAGGCAGAAAUACAUAUUUUGAUGCUAAGUUUGGUUCUCUAUGUCCCCUGGUUUGGAGCUGGGGUGGUGGGGUAGAUUCCUUAACUUUAUAUACAAAAGCAUUGGCAAAGAGAGAUAACUGCUGAAGAUGUUCCUAUUGUAAAACUGAAUGCUGCUAUGAGUCCCUUGAGAUUAAUUAGCUUUCCUCCUGAAGAAAAUCCAGAGCAUUAUCUUUAUCUGUCAAAUUGAGAUGAAUUACCACCUCUGUCUGCAAAUGAAGUUUGUUUUGAAGUUAAGUCAAUUUGGAAUGCUAUGAACACUCUGAAAUGUGGAUUUAAAUAUUAUAAUUUUUUAUAAUUUAU